AUGGUUAGAGCCCCAGUUUGUGUGGCUCUAGUCAGCGUUCUUUGUUUCACCGUCACUUACGCACAACAUCACUACAAUGAGCAUAGAACAAGCCAAGUUAUUUGGUGCACGAAAAGUAUGGAGGAGCAGUACAAGUGCCUAAACCUAACUGUUGCCAUAGAACGUGACCGCGCACUCUUUGAUGAAGCGUUUCUGAAUUUAACAUGCUUCAAGGCAUAUAGCGCAGACGAGUGUAUCCACCACAUCGAUCGUGAGAAGGCCCACAUUACUUCACUGGACGCCGGCGAUGUCUUCACAGCUGGUCGCUACAACUCCCUGAUUCCCAUAAUGCAGGAAAAAUUGGAGGGCGGCUUUCAAGAGUAUCAGUCCGUGGCGGUGAUCAAGAAGGGUGCACUUUCCGAUGUUACUAGUCUGCACGGUCUUCGCAAUAAGCGGGCAUGCUUUCCGUGGGUUGGAAGCUUGGCCGGAUGGAUUGUGCCAAUACACACGCUCCAAAAAGAAGGUGGAAUGGAAGUUGUGGAUUGCAACAAUCAAGUAAAAACUGCUGCCAACUACUUCAACAGGUCGUGUGCCGUCUACUCUCUGACUGACAAAUACAAUCCCAUUGGAGACAACUCCGACAAACUUUGUACCCUUUGCACUGGCAAGAUCCCCGGUGGCCGCUGUUCGUCGGCAGAUCCCUAUUUCGGAUACGAAGGAGCAUUUAGAUGUCUCCUGGAAGCCGGUGACGUUGCCUUUUUGCGUCACUCGACAGUUGGUGAAAUGCUGCAGACGCCAGAAUUCAAAAACUUGUCCCCGGACAGUUUCGAACUGCUUUGCCGGGAUGGUCGUCGCGUUCCCAUUAACGACUACCGCCAAUGCAAUUGGGGCCAAGUGCCAGCCGAUGCCAUUGUAACAUCUUCGGCGCGCAGCUUCAGUGACAGAAAGCAGUAUCAGUUGUUUUUGAAACGCAUUUCUGAGCUGUACUCGGACGGGCUUCGUGAAACAACUCCCAACAACCAGGGAGGAGCCGGGUUUACCAACUAUGAGCAGAACAAGUUCAAUAAUGAGCAAGGUCGCAGCAACGCCUAUGAUCAGUUCGGCAAUCAAUAUGACCCAAGCAAUGCCUAUAGCAGAAAUCAGAAUCCCUACGAUCGUUUUGAUAACUCGAAUUUCCGCAACGAACGUCUGGAUAGCAGCUUCUCUUCGGAUGGAAACACCCCAGACCGCAACAACGGGUCGAUUCUCUAUGAAAAGUUCCGCAUUUUCGAUUCCAAAAGAUACGGGAAAACCAAUCUGCUGUUCCAGGACUCAAGCCGGGCUCUUACGCUUAUACCCGAAGAUGAUCAGUCCUUCACAAAGUAUCUGCAGAGCUCCAUCAAUUAUAUAUAUGGCAUAAGGGAAUGCCCCAUUCCAGCGAUGACCCUUUGCGUGACUUCCGAACAAGAGCUUGAAAAGUGCAUUAAAAUGAGGACUGCCCUUAAAGCCCAGAUCUUGAAGCCCGAGCUCAUUUGCAAGAAAAUGCACUCGCACAUCAAUUGCAUGCAGUUCAUUCAGUCUGGCAAGGCUGACAUUGCUGUGUUCGAUGCCGGAGAUGUUUACACUGGAGGCCUGAACUACGAUUUGAUACCAUUCAUGUCGGAGGUCUACAAUCUGGGGGAGCCGUACUACUACGUGGUGGCUGUCGCCAAGGAGGAGGAUCCAGAUACGGAGCUCACUUACCUGAAAGGCAAGAAUACUUGCCACACGGGCAUUAACACAGCCGCCGGCUGGACGUAUCCCAUGGCCCUGUUCAUCUCAAACGGCUGGAUUCGGCCAUACGGCUGUGACUCUGUACGCGCUGCUGCGGAGUACUUCACAAAGUCCUGCGUCCCCGGUGCCAUUAGCAGCGAAUAUAACACCGGAGUGCCGUAUGACAGCAUGUGUGACCUGUGCCACGGAACUAGCUACAGAUACUGCCGACGUGAUGCGUCAGAGGACUAUUAUGGCCAUACCGGUGCAUUCCGAUGCCUGGUGGAAGGCGGCGGUCAUGUGGCCUUCAUGAAGCACACCACUGUGAUGGAGAGCACGGGCGGCAAACGGAAGGAGUGGUGGGCACGCAAUGCGCUGAACGACGACUUCGAGCUCUUGUGUACGGAUGGCACCCGCGCAGAAAUACAGGAGUACAAGCGCUGUAAUUUGGGCAAGGUAAAGGCCAAUGCCGUGGUAACGCGCGGUGGAGUCAACUACAACGAAACCCAGUUAAAUGCGUACAUCAACCUGUUGACCUAUGCCCAGCAACUUUAUGGCAGAAAGGAUGUGGAUGCUUUCAGUUUCAGCAUGUUCUCAUCUCCGAUCGGACACUACGACCUGAUCUUUCAGGAUGCCACUCGGCAACUACAGGUCAUUCCGCGGAACAAACGAACCUACGAUUCCUAUUUGGGCAGUGACUAUAUGAGGGCUCGUCGCAUAACCGACUGUUAUGCGGGUGCCUCUCAAGUGGCCCUUUCCAUAGGUCUGCUAAUUUCGAGUGCAAUAGCUAUAAUGCUCUAAAUGCGACACACUGCCAGUCUAAACAUCUACGUAGACUCGAAGUACAAUAAUCUCUAGCACAAACAGACAAGGCAACAUAUCAACAUUUUUACAUUCCCAAUUAUAGAUAGUAGACCACUAUGAGAUCGCUUUUGUAGUCCACAAAGGUCAUAUUAUUUUUACAAAGUGCCUCGAACUAUACUGAAAAUGCAGUACGUUUAAUGUACAUAGCAUUUGUACAUAGCAACUAAGUCCGUCCAUUUUUUUGUACCUAUGACAAACUGUUCCAAAAAAAUUAUUAACGAAGGAACAACAAGAUUUUACAAAGUUUUACAAAUUAGUAUAUUUAAUAAAUAAAUAAACCAACCAUC